AUGUCUAACGUUUAUGAAGUGACCUCGCUUUAUUCGAUUGACACGGAAUACAGUGCAGAUUCUGUAGAAUUUUGUCCAUUUGAACAAUUUUCUCAGUAUUUGGCAUGUGGUACUUAUCAAUUAUCGGAUUCGGAUUCUUUAGCUAAACAAGUUACUACGACACAAAUUAAUGAGCAUCAAGAAGAAGAAUUCAAUAAAAUUGAUGCGCCAAUGAAGAGACUUGGUAGGUUACUAUUGUAUGAAAUUAACAAGCAUGAUGAUGAAAACAAAGUAAAUUUGCAGGAACUGCAAAGAAUUGAAACAUCUGCAAUACUCGAUAUGAAAUGGUCACAUCAAUUUAUUAAUGAUAAGAUUAUCUUAGCAACAGCAAAUGCAACAGGAAUAAUCGUUUUAUACAACUUGAAUCAAGAUAUAGGGAGACUUGAUUUGAUUGCCAAACAUAUAACAAAUAAUGAAGACAAAUUAUGUCUUUCACUUGAUUGGUCAAAUCGAAUUGAAGACGCGAGAAACAAUAAAUCUAUCGUCGUAUCUCAAAGUGAUGGAAAUAUUGUUUUGUUAUCAGUGGAUAACCAACUCGGAAUACAUGAGACAAAUAAGUGGUUAGCUCAUACUUUUGAGGCUUGGGUCGCCGCUUUUAACUAUUGGAAUACGAAUAUAAUAUACACUGGUGGAGAUGAUUGCCUUUUUAAAGGAUGGGAUCUAAGACAAAGUCAAUCAACUCCCUUAUUUUCGAGUAAAAAACAUCAGGCUGGAGUAUGUAGCAUUCAAUCUAAUCCACAUUCAGAAUAUCAUUUAGUCACAGGAAGUUACGACGAGCGUAUAUUAUUAUGGGAUACAAGAUCUAUGAAACAACCAAUAUAUGAACAUAACAUCGGAGGUGGUGUAUGGAGAUUAAAAUGGCAUCCAAAGAAAGAUUAUUUAUCGGCGGCCUGUAUGCAUAAUGGAUUUCAUAUAAUUGAGGUUGACGGUGAUAAAACUAUGAGGACGGCUUGUAGUUUUACAAAACAUGAAUCCCUCGCUUACGGAAUCGAUUGGAAUUAUUCUGAUAAAUGGAAAAUUGAAAAAUCAUCAUAUCCAUUGCUUGCGAGCUGUUCUUUUUAUGAUCAUGUCGUGCAUCUUUGGUAA